UCCCGCCCCCGCCCUCGCCGUCAACACCUGACACGGUUAUCAUCUGUGCCAAGCACGAGAGCGACCCGUCACCCAUCAUGGCGAAUCGAACCCUUCAAGAUAUGUCUGCCGUCCUGUCUAAGCACUACCUCGGCGAGUUCAAGAUGCGACUCUGCAACAUCACGUGCACCGAGAUGGUGCGGCCCCUCAGCCAAAAUGGUCUGCAACACCUCGAGCGCUCCAUUCAAGAAGUGGGCUGGAUCGAGAGUUUUGCUCCUUCUGUUGUCAUCCAGCGAGACCACCUCGGUGACAGCCGUGAACUCACUGCCGAGGCCGCGCUCACCGCACCUGCCCACACUCUAGACGGCAACCACAGGGUCACUACGCUGAAGAAGAUGUACGGCGAAAGUGGCGUGUUCCUCGUUCGGGUCUACCUCGAGUUCAACCAGGCGGAUGAGAGGCUAAUUGCCAACGCUUUGAAUGACGCCACGGAGAGCGUCGUGCAGCCAACCCUCUACGACAAAGUGUACUUCCAGCACGAGCUCGAAGAGGCCAUCAAGCGCGAGAUGAAGAAGGACAAAGUUACUCAGGCAGACAUUCGCCGGAUGUUCAAGUUUAUGAACAAAAAACUGCCUGGCGCAAAAGACUACGCGGACAUCGACAAGAACGCCGGAAUCGCCGCGUCCUUUGUGGAAAACGUCCUCAAGUUGGUGCCCAGAGAUGACUGGACACCAGAGCUACGAAGGCUCUCUCACGAGAAGCCCAACCAGCUCGCCCUGUACGUCAAGCCCCACCACAAGCAACAGGUCGACGAGGCGAAAAGACUCCUGGAGGAGGUCUCCACUGCCGACAAAGCCUCCUCUCACGUCGUCCAGCUGAAGGAGUCCAUCUCGACGGUGGUGCCAUCGAUGCCGCUGCCACGGAUCAGAAAUGUCAGUGUGACAUCGUAUAUAUGUACAGAGUGUUCCAUCACACACAUGGGUGCGUGUGCCAACGCGACCUUUGUCACCGAAGAGAUUGCCAAGGAGCGACGCUGCAUCAAAUGCCCGAGAUCGCUCGACGGCAACGAAGGAGCUGGGGAGGCCGAGGACAAGGCAAGGGAUGUAGGCAAGGGGAAGGAAAAGGGGAAGGGGAAGGGCAAGGUCAAGGGCAAGGGCAAGGGCAAGGAGGCCUCCAGGGGACGUGUCCGGCCAAGUCUUUUGGGUGGACCCUCAGGCAACGAAGCGGUGCUCAUGGACAAGUGCAGAGACGAGAACGCCACGCUACACGACACUGUCCCUCUCGACCCCACGGGAUCCGACGUCGACAAGCUCUCCUUUCGCAAUGCUCCGAAGCUCGUCAUCGUGUCCAUCGGCGCGGAGCAAAGGCUCCUGAAGACCUCCGAGGCGACCAACACCCACCUUCGCAGGGUUAUCGACAACGUGCGUGGAAGGAUGCACCCCGACGGCACCAUCGCACUCGUGGUGCCUCACCCAUGGAGCGCGCACUUCCAUCGCCUCCAAGGUGAUUCCACGUUUUUGUCAGAGCAGAAAGACGUUGUAUGA